UGUCAGUCACUAUCAGUUGAUAGUGUGCAGCCGAGAACGCAUCACGUUCCUAUAUUCACACGCGCUAGCGCCUCCUGGUUCGCUUACGACAGCUCCGUACCUGUACCCUUUUCAGUCUAGACCCGUUGGAGGUUUUCCCGGUGGUCAGUGUUAAGCAGUGUUGUACCCGCAGUACAAAAGGGCGCCGGAAACGUGGUGCCAGAACAGCUUGUGUCGUUAAAUGAGUGAGCCGUGUCUAGUCUGGUCCGGUCUGGUCUGCUGGCCACGGAACUAAAUUUUGCGUCGCGCCACUCUCUCUCUCUCUCUCUAGGGUGGGUGUCCAGUGCACGGGACACGGGUGGGUUAAUAUAAUCAAAUCGAAAUCGAAAACUCAUCGCCAGUCCAGUGCCACGCCACGGAGCCGUACCGUCGUCCCGCCACACCCCGACCCGCCAUUCCGGGGGCACAUAGAAAUCAAACGCAAAUUGAGUGUAACCUUUUCGGAAUUGGAAUACUAGAACGAACGGACGGAUGGUGUCGCAGCCGCUGUCGGGUGUUCAUGGUGCAUGAAUCUUGAUUGUUUGGAAGUUUGCGUUUUUUUGUUGUUCUCGCUAUCUCCCACUGUGUUGCACCCGGCCGUGUUCCUCCCCUUGGCCAACUGUUUCCAACCCGGCGAGAAUUCCAGCAGUACCCGUGCUAAGGUCACGCGUGUCCGGGGCUGUCAGGAGCGCACGCACGUUUGCGGAGCAGCCAGCACGAGACCAGCAGCACACCACAACACCACUAAGCGCUUCCCAGAGGCGUCAAGCAGUGCACGCACACGACAGUAAAGUACCCAAAGAGCCCAAGCAAUGUGCCAAGAUUGGUUCCGACGAAGGAUCUUGCUGCAGCGACAACAGGACGCCCAAUCGGUGACCGAUCCCGUCAGUGGGCAGGGCGACUGAGCUACGACACAGUACAGUACGGAACAGACGCGCUACCCGCUCUACCUCCAAAGAAACCGCUAAUCUGCAAGGAACGCUCGUGCCGCAUCAAAAAAAGGGGAGGAAGCGCGCUCGUGGCGGCCACCUGUUAAGCCAAGCCUUCCUACGAAUUCCACCACCCGGCGCUGUAGGCGCCGUGGUCAGCCAGACAGAUAUCAAUAUCGUUCGAGUGUUUGUGUGUGUGUGUGUGUCAUCGAUUUAAAACCCCACCGGCAACGUGCACAAUUGCAUCAUUGCAUCAAUAUGCACGUGAUCGUUUUGAAGUACGUGCAGGUUCUGUGCAUUACCAUCUUCUUCUCGAACAACAUCAACUGCGACAAGCUGCUGCUGCACAACGAGCGGGAGGACCAGGACCUGUACCGCAUCGGUGCGUGUACGGCCGCGUGCAUGGCCGGCACGGCAGUCGGUGCUGCCGGGGACCAGAACGAAACGCUCCCAUUGGACAGGGAGCAGCUCAAGACCAUCGAACUUUGCUACAAGCGGUGCUCGGAGGACACGCGACCACUGUCCGCCUGGCGACCGUUGGUCCAGCGCCAGGACCCAUCGUUACGCAUUAAUCUCAUCUGCCGCGAUAGCACCAACCUGAUCAUCGAGAUCAAACCGGAACGCAACGUCCGAAACAUCCUGGACGUUGAUGAUGAUGAUGAUGAUGAUGAGCGUAAUGAUGUUCACGACGAGGCCACAGCUACUAGGCGGAAGCUUAACCCACCCGGGGGAAAUCAGAACCAAUUAAGUGCACUUCGCGAUGUGGCAGAUGUCGAAUCCUUGGAAUCGGUGCCAUCCCGUACCAGGCGUGCUAUCGGUGCCGAUGGACCACUUCCUGCCGGACGGUCUCUGACCGAACGUCAGAAAAGUGCUUCCGUCGCAACGCGGGCAAACUUGCUGCAGGACCCGAACUCGGUUGCGGGUGAACGGUUCGCGAAAAUCGAUGGGUCCUCAAGGACCGGUACGGCUGCCGGGCACGACCUCGGCGAUGUCGCGGUCAAGGUUCAGCAGGAUCGCGCGAACUACCAGCGUGCGUUCGCACCGUCAGCGAAACGUGCUCGCCCGGUUCCCAUCUAUUUGGUGAAGGUGCAGGAGAGUGAGGAGCAACUCGGCGACCGAAUCGUCUAUAUGAGCAAUGCAUCGCUGGUAAAGAUUGAGAAUCUGGCACCGAACAAGCGGUACAACGUGACGGCCACCAUGCUAACGUCCGAGUUCGAAUAUUACUACGUCGAGAAGCACCAGUUCCGUACGCUUCCGCUCGACUACAUGCCGGGCACGAUUACGGAGAUCGUGGUGGAGCGGUUCGAGCCGAACGUGCGGGACAGCCGGUAUGUGGAUGCACUCAUCUCGUGGAAUCCAGCGAAAGAUAAAACAUGUCACUAUGAAAUCGUGUGCCACGCAAGCCAUUCGCCAGACUUCCAGCUUAAACCGAUAGAUGUCCAACAGCCUGAAGUCCUCUACAAGUACACCAUCAAAUCGUUGAAGCUUAGUGCCAACUACAUGAUUGCGGUCCGGUCCAAAAACACCCAAAAUGCGAUGAAAGAAAGCAAGCUGCAUUGGCACUCGUUCCACACGCCCAGCUGUGCCAACCUAACGAAUGGUACACAAGUGUGUGCUCCGGAACCGAUCAAGAAUGUCCGUGUGACUCAGCUACCACUGUACGGUGAUAGCUAUCAGCUCAACAUAAGCUGGGAUCGACCCGCAAUAGCACCCGAUUCGUACGUGGUAAAGGUGUUUGAUCUGCACGACUCCGAAACGGAGGAACCUGCCAACUCCAUGACGCGAAACCUUACAGGGGAUGCUGUUGGUUUGUUGAUCGAAUCGUUCGAAAUGUUUGGACCUCAUUUCGAGGUGUUUAUCUCUGCGUACUCCAGGGUGGGUGUAUCAUCGGAAAGUACCAUCAAGACGCUUCAAAUCGGACGAAUCAGUUCCGCAGAGUCGUGGAUACGGACCAAGCUCGUGUUUAUCAUACUAACGCCGGUGCUGAUGAUAGGACUGUUGAAAAUUUCCAUCUCACUCAUCUGUCGCCGCCGGGCCAAGCUGAAGCGGUACGAGGAACGGUGCGAGUACUUUAAGGAACUAGAGCAAAAGGCACCGGUCGAUCCGAGCACAGAGUUUGAACCGACGUCAAAGCAAAUGCAGGACCUGCUCGCAUCCAGCCACCCGUUCUCGGCCGAUCUGAUUGCGCCCAUUAACGACGAGCUGGAGAUCGAGAUGGAGCACAUCAAGCUGCACGAUAUGUUGGGCGAGGGAGCGUUUGGUUUGGUUCGCCGUGGGGUACUGCAGCGGGAUGAUGGUGCCGAUGGGACGCCCAAACCGGUGGCGGUCAAAAUGCUGAAAGAGUGUCCUCGCGUGGAAGACAUUAUCGAGUUUCGGCGUGAGAUGGAGGUAAUGAAGUCGGUCGGCACCCAUCCCCACAUAGUCAGCAUCGUUGGCCACUGUACGAAGAACGUGCGCAAAAUGAUGCUGCUCACCGAGUACUGUGGUCGCGGUAACUUGCUAAACUAUUUGCGCCUCCAGUGGCAACGACUGCUGAGGCAAACGCGUAGCACCACAACACUGUCGCUCGGCUCGGAAGCGACACCAUCGAUGGUGCCCGAUUCGUUGGAUGCGGCACUGCCCGGUACGGCAGCCGAGCACGACUGCUUGACACCCUCGCUGGCCAACAACAAGCUGCCCGAGAACGUGUUCAACUUUGACACGUCGUUCGUGAACGAUAAGAAAUCCCUAACGUACAAAAACCUCUCCGACCAUCGGCAGACACUGUUGGGUGGGUUUAGCACCGGCAGUGACGGUGCCCGGAGAUCACCCCAAAUCAUCGAAAAUAAACUAUAUCCACUGUUUAACGAAGACAGUGGCGGUGACGAAACAUCGAAGCUAACGCCCAACUCGUUCUGUACCAGCUCGUGCAAGAACGCGGUAGAAAUCAUCAGCGACGGACAGCGCCGGAGCUCGACGGGACCACCAACGGACUGUGAGGAGGGUCUGAAGGGUAGUGUGCGAAUAAAACCGUGCAGCUGCCACGGUUCUACGCUCGAUUCCGCCCUUACGCACAAUACGGUCGAGAAUCGAUGCUAUCAAAGUUGCACACCGUCCGAGGAUGGUUUAAAGGAGGACGACCCAAUACCGGACAGUGGCCAGCUGCUAGAAUUUUCCCGCCAGAUCGCACUCGGAAUGGAAUUUCUCGCCCGCAACAAGGUGGUGCACCGGGAUUUGGCCGCCCGGAACGUGCUGGUGUGUGAUAAUAAUACGGUGAAAAUAGCGGAUUUUGGACUAAGCCGUGACAUCUACCAGGAAAAUCUGUACCGGAAAACGAGCAACGGCAAGCUACCGAUCAAGUGGCUUGCGCUCGAAUCGAUGACCCAUCAGGUCUACACCUCCCAGAGCGACGUGUGGUCGUUCGGAAUUUUGCUCUACGAAAUAUGCACGCUCGGCGGCAGUCCGUACCCUUCCAUUUCCACCAACAAGCUGCUCCGAUACCUGGAAAGUGGAUACCGGAUGGAGCGACCGAAGAGCUGCAGUGAGCUGCUGUACGAUUUGAUGUAUUCCUGCUGGAAUCUGCAUCCCGGCGAGCGGCCAACGUUUAGCAAAAUUGUGCGGACGGUCGAAUCGUUGCAGGAAAAGGAUGCGGCCAACGAGCCGGUUAUUAUCGAUCUGAACGCGAUUGUCGAUAGCCAUUGUACAAAAAGUGCUACGGAAGAAAAUUCAUACUUAAAACCGGUUGAGUAUUAGAGAGACCUGAAAUGGGGGGCGCCAUCCUCGGAUGAUGAUAUCGUUUGCGUCACUGUCGCCCUAAAAUAAUGUAAAAAUUGCAACGAAACGGUACCGGUGCCACGUGCUAAACCCGGAUGCGGACGUGAUGAGGGUGGGAUUGGUUUUUUUUCUUCUAUCCGCACGUCCAACCAGCAACAAAACCAACAAGCAGACGAAGUGGGUUUUAAGCAAGAUUGUAUAGGAUUAUUGUUCAUUUUGUUUUUGGAUGAAAUAUAUUUUUAAAACAAA